UCUUCUGGACGAAAAGUAGUGUAAAGAAGAAGCCAGUGCAUCAAUCUGUGUGUGCGGGAGCCUCUAGACGAUGCUCCACAAUGCCUCCUAAGCUCCUCUCGCCCCUCUUCCCAUGCCUCAUCUUCCUCACCCUCCUCCUCCUCUACCUCUAUUCCUCUCUCCUCUCCUACCAUGCUUCCCAAUCCCCACCUCACUGCAACCUCUUCCAAGGUCGCUGGGUCCUCGACCCUCCCCGUCAACCCCUCUACGACCACACCUGCCCAUUCCACAGAAACGCCUGGAACUGCCUCAGAAACCAGAGAGAAAACAUGGGUCUCAUCAAUUCUUGGAAAUGGGUCCCUGAAUCCUGCGCUCUGCCUCGGCUUGAUCCGGCCCGGUUUCUGGGUCUGAUGAGGAACAGGAAUAUUGGGUUUGUCGGGGACUCGCUGAAUGAGAACUUCCUGGUGUCUUUCUUGUGUGUGCUUAGAGUGGCUGACAUGGGUGCCAGGAAAUGGAAGAGGAAAGGGGCUUGGAAAGGAGCUUAUUUUCCCAAGUUCAAUGUCACGGUGGCGUAUCACCGGGCCGUUUUGCUCUCCAAAUACGAGUGGCAGCCAAAACAGUCGACAGUUCACAAUCAGGAUGGACUGAAAGGAAUAUAUCGAGUCGACGUUGAUAUUCCUGCAGAUGAUUGGGUCAACAUCGCCGACUUCUAUGAUGUCCUUGUUUUCAAUACCGGCCAUUGGUGGGGUUAUGAUAAAUUCCCGAAAGAGACACCUCUUGUCUUCUAUCGUGAGGGGGAACCAAUAUUUCCUCCCAUUGGGAUGUUGGACGGACUUAAAGUUGUUCUUGAGAAUAUGGUAUCAUACAUUCAAAAAGAAGUUCCUAGCAGGACCCUCAAGUUCUGGCGUUUGCAAUCACCAAGGCAUUUUGAUGGCGGCGACUGGAAUCAAAAUGGUAGCUGUUUGUUGAAUGAGCCGCUUAAGGAAUUCCAGCUUGACUUGUGGUUUGAUCCCAGGAAUAAUGGUGUGAACAAAGAAGCCAGGCAACUGAAUCAUCUGAUUGAAGAAGCUUUGCUAGGCACAGAGAUUCAACUGCUCGAUCUGACUCAUUUGAGUGAGUUCAGAGCAGACGCUCAUCCAGCAAUUUGGUUGGGAAAGAAGGAUGCAGUGUCAAUCUGGGGUCAGGACUGCAUGCACUGGUGCUUACCUGGUGUUCCUGACACAUGGGUUGAUAUCUUGUCAGAACUGAUCCGUUAUAGCUUGGAGACAGGAUGAUAACAGUGAAAAGAUGUGUCAACUUAAAGCUUCAAACUGCAAACAUUUAACAACUCCAUGAGAAGAAGAUGUUGAGUGCUUCUUCCAUACCUGCACUAGACCAAGAUCUGAGAAGUUAAGUUUCAGGGUACAAACGAGCACCCAAAGGCAAUCUGAAAGGAGAUUUGAAUGACAUUAGUGCCUUUUGAUGAAAAAAAAAAAAAAAAACUUCCUUUAUUGUGGCAGAUGGUGGGGAGAUUGAGAUGUCCAAUUGUACAAACAAGUAAACCUGAGUUCUUAGCCCGAACUGUCUUUUGGGUCCGUUUGGUAAUGGACUUAGUAGGUCGCUUUUGGUUUGUAUGUAAUUAAUGUGAUAUAAAGUAGAUAGAAGGUUAGAAAAUUUUGUAUGAAAAAGUGAAAAAGUUUUGUUUUUUAAUAAAUUUUUUUAUUUGAAUAGUAAUA